AUGAGUGGAUCUGGAAAAGGUCUGCUGGGGUUGUGGUUGUACAGGAAUGGCUCGGAAUGGCAAGUGAAGAGUGAAGCUCCUCACCAUCCGAAAUUGGCAGAGCUUCAGAACAUGGCAGCUCGGCAACAGAAUUUCCCUGAGGGAGAAAGAAUUUCCGUGAUGUUCACUUUGAAGAACCAAGUAGGGGGACUGGUCCGCGCGUUGUCAGUCUUCCAAGACUUAGGCAUCAAUGUCCUCCAUAUUGAGUCAAGGAAGUCAGUGACAGAGAUGUCGUCUUCUGAUAUCCUCGUCGACGUGGAGUGCGACCCACAUAGGAUGGAACAACUUAAAAGGAUGCUAAAACGCGAGGUUCAAGACUUUGAGGUGGUGCCUUCUCAGUCGGGAGACGAGUUUCCACCUCCAACGCCUUUGUCAGCUGCUGCAAGUUUUGACUUCGGCGAGAUGCCAUGGUUUCCCCGCAAGAUAUCAGAUUUGGACCGGGCCCAGAAUGUGUUGAUGUAUGGCUCCGAACUCGACGCUGACCAUCCCGGUUUUAAAGACCCUGUCUAUCGCAAGCGUCGAGAGCAAUUCGCAGCUAUUGCUAAUAAUUACAAGUACGGCCAACCGAUUCCCAGGAUUCAAUACACCGAUAUUGAAAUUAAAACUUGGGGCAUAAUUUUCCGGGAGCUUCAUAAACUAUACCAGGUGCACGCAUGCGAUGAAUAUCUCGAAAAUUGGCCGCAACUUGUUAAAUACUGCGGCUAUCGUGAAGACAACUUGCCUCAGUUGGAGGACGUAAGCGCUUUUCUGAAGCGCAAAACUGGCUUCCAACUACGUCCAGUGGCUGGGUAUCUGUCACCCAGGGACUUCUUGUCUGGUUUGGCAUUCAGAGUGUUCCAUUGCACACAAUAUAUUCGACAUGCCUCCGAUCCUUUCUACACUCCAGAACCUGACUGCUGCCACGAACUGCUGGGGCACAUGCCACUGUUGGCAAAUCCAAGUUUCGCACAGUUUUCCCAGGAGUUGGGCCUGGCAUCUCUAGGCGCGUCUGAUGAAGAUAUCGACAAAUUAGCUACGCUGUACUUCUUCACGGUCGAGUUUGGCUUAUGCCGUCUGCAAGACGGCACGUUUCGAGUGUAUGGAGCUGGUUUGUUAUCUUCCGUAGCUGAACUACAACACGCUCUUACUACUUCGGAAAAGAUAAAACGUUUCGAUCCUGACGUCACCGUCAAUGAGGAAUGCAUAAUCACUUCCUACCAAAACGCUUACUAUUAUACAGACUCCUUCGAGGAAGCUAAAGAAAAAAUGAGAGCAUUUGCGGAGAGCAUUCAGCGUCCCUUCGGUGUACGGUACAAUCCAUACACGCAAAGUGUGGAGGUUUUGAGCAAUGCUCAAAAGAUCACUGCGCUCGUCCGCGAGUUGCGCGGAGACAUCUGCAUUGUGUCCUCGGCUAUCAAGAAGAUUUCCGCUCAGGAUAACACUCUCGAUGUCGAAACUAUUGCUAACAUGCUCCAUACUGGACUUCAGGUGACUCUUUUUCGUAUUAUAAAAUAA